AUGAGAGUGGUAGCAGCAAUAUUAUACAUUGUUCUCCCAAUUUGCAGCCUUGGAAUCCAAGAUGACGUCCAGGCCAAUUCCUCCAUCUCCUUCAAUGUGGCAGGUGCCACCUUGGCCACAUACAGAGACUUCCUAGGGGAACUGCGAGUACUCGUGUCACGGGGAACUAGUACAGUAAAAGGUCUACCAGUGCUGAACCUCGAUAGUGAAGUGUCGGAUGGGAACCGGUUCGUUCUGGUCGAUCUUAUCAAUGGCGACACAGUCACCUUGGCAAUAGAUGUGGUGAACCUUUACUUGGUGGCUUUUCGUGGUGCAAAUAACAAAUCCUUUUUUUUCAAAGACGCUACCACACUUCAACUCAAAAAUUUAUUCGUCGGCACCACUCAAACCAAGCUAAGCUACACCAGCAACUAUAGCAUCCUUGAGAAGCAGUCAAAGCCGAGGGACCAGCUCCCUCUGGGACCAACUCCCCUAGCUAACGCAAUCACAAGUUUGUGGCACGGUGGGAGCGUAGCCGAACCGCUCCUUGUGGUCAUUCAGAUGGUCUCGGAAGCGGCAAGGUUCAGAUACAUUGAGGAACAAGUCCGCAAAAGCAUAACCCAGAAAAACACUUUUACACCAAAAGGUUUGAUAGUGACCAUGGAGAACGAAUGGGGGUCUAUGUCCAAACAGGUUCUGCUUUCGCCAGAUGGAGAACACUUCAUUAACCCCGUUCAGCUUAAAGAUGACAAUUACAAGAUCCUCACAAUAAACGACUUUACUACACUCAGUCGCUACACCAUGAUAGCGAUUCUUCUCGGCAGCAAGACUACUAGUAGUAGUUAUAGCAAUAUUGCUCUAGCCGAGGACUUCGUCAACAACGAAUUGCUCAAACUCUGA